CCAGGUUUAGUAAUGUAGUGAAUUUAAUAAAUGUCAGGUAGAGACUUUAAGGUCCAUUACACAUGGAUACAUAGGGUUUCUCGGCACAUACACAUACAUUCAUGGAAGUGGCGACUACACAGAGGCCAACAUAAUGAGAAAUACACAGUUACUGUACACGAAAGCGACGAGACAUGCAGCAUUCAAUUUGGCAGAACAAAUACAAGAAGUAAGACCAUAAGUAAAAUCCGAAAUGUUUCAGUAAAUAAAAUAUAUAUUUGUCUUAGCUAAGUGCUUGUAAACAAGUAAGGCAUUAUAAUACACGUUGGAUGACAGCACUUGGUGACACCCUGGUGUUUGGUUGCACUCUUGGUUGAGAUUGUCCAGCUUACGCACACACUGAUAAAGGCUAUCCUUCACAAAGUGUCCAAUGGAUAGCUAUUUGCUACAUGGCUUCCCAAAUAAAAAAAACAAACAAUAAAGGGCAACAAAAUGAGUCUCUUUGCUGCAAAACACUGCCACAUUUUCAUGAAUGAUCAGAGGCUGCUCCUUUUACCUGCAGCGAAAUUUCCAGUACACUUUGGCCUGUCCUGUAUAAAGGAGAUGUCUGUUUUCUUUCUUAGUUACAGACUUUAUCUGCACGGUGCAUUUACAGUGACCUCAUAUCAAGUCUGUGAUAAGGAUUAGAGGUUACAAAUGUUCCUUAAAGCACAGGCCUGCAGCCUCAGAGCAUAUUUAGAGCUGUAAAAACAUCCAGUACUGGGGUCUUAGUAAGCUUGGACCUGGUUUGGUAAAAGCUGGCACCCACUGCUGACAUGGUUCAUCACCUUCUGCUUCAGCUGGGCCACUUGUUCCCUGAGGACGCUGGCCGUAGACGCCAGCUCGGUGUUCUGCGUUUUCAGACUCUUGACCUUGUCCUCCAGCCGAGAGAUCCGCUCCAGUUUUCUUUUGCGGCAUUUGGAGGCAGCUAUCCUGUUCCUCAGUUUUUUCCUCUCCGCCUUGAUGCGCUCUUGAUUGUCCAUAUCGAUGGGAGACAGAGGGGGGCUGUCCCCGAAGCUCUGCAUGUCGGGUACGGUCUGCGGCUCGUCCUUCACCGCGCCGGCAGCCUGGAGUCGUGACAGCGCAGCCGCAGCCUGUUGCUGCGCGCCGGCUAGAUGAGACGGAGGCGGUGGGAAAGGGAUGGUGUCCGUGGCGUAGUUGAUGGUAGUGGCUCCGAGAGGGCUGGCAGCAUACCCGUUUAACGUAGUGUACACGGGGAGUUCUGAUGUCUGGAGUCCAGAGGACCCGACAGUGUUGGUUGAGCCGAGUAGCUCCAGUCUGUCCACGGAGACGCACCCCGCCUCACUCAACUGGUUCUGCUUGUGAAGAUCCUCCAACGCCUUCACGAAACCUUCCGCGAACUCCUGCUCGUCACUCGCCGACUUCGGGUACAGGAACUGGGAAGUCGGGUUGGCACCGGAGGAGGAGACCAGACCGUUCGACUGGAUAAUAAGGCGCUCCAGAUCCGGGGUGGUUAGUUUCAAGAGUCCUAAGUCCGGGGAGUUCAGAAGUCCGUCUGUGUCUCGGAGCGGGUUCGAUUUGAGCUCGGGGUUUUGGCUGUCCAGGUUCAGGUUGAUGUCCUUCUUCAUCAUCGUGCCCUGGGUGUAGAUGCUGGGGACCCUCGGAUUGUUGACCACGGUGCUUGGGUAGAGGCUUGUUUCCAUUCUACACCCUCACAUGAGGGAGUCUUGAGCGUAACACAUUGAAGAUUAUCGAGCAGUAACAUCCAAACAUGAGGAAAUCAGUUGAUCUCUAUUCCUUUAUGAUCCCGUUUCCUUUUCUCUUUAGUUGUCUUUCUCAGGCGACCACUUGAGCUGUACUGCCUGAGGGUCUCUGAUGUGUCUCUCCUGUGCGCGGAUGAGAUUGUCUUUUCCCGAUGGCACGACUGCUAUGCGCAGCGCCAGACCUCGCUUGCUUUCUAGCCCUAAAAAUUCCAUUAUGUCACUCCAGAGCGCGGAGAUUGGCCCAAAAUGACGUUGGUUUCCGGUUCAAUUUGAAUAAGGGGCCGAGCCGGUCUUUAUUGCCAUGGAGACUCUAGGUAAACUACAAACAGUGCAAUGCAUUGUGGUUUGAUGUCAUAGCAUAAAAAAGCUCAGGGUCGCCAACAGAGAGCAGAGACUGGGCGGGGAAGGUGUGAGAGGCGAGGGCCAAGGAAAGGAGGAACAGAGGAACAGGCUUUACAGAAAACACUCCUUUAACUCAGGCUGAAGUGUUUUGAAAAGACUUAGAGACAAUUAUAGACUACAUUAAGGCAAUUUGAUUGUGAUUCUUUGUCAACACAUAGAUCAUUGUAAUCUUGUUUUAUGUGAAAUAAGACUUUAUCGCACGCUGGCACUUCUUAAAAAGGGAUGACUUAGAAUAUCAAAGAACAAAAUGAACACAAAAAACUCCUGACGGGCUUUAAAUUGAAGAUAAUUUAAAAUGUAAUACUCAAACCUAGACUUUAUACUUUGAACAUUUAUGGAAGGAUCCGGAGCUAUUGCAAAACUGGAAAUGAAGUGUUUCAAGUUCUCAAAGAGUUCUGAAAGUGUUUCUGAGGAAAUUGAGUGUAAACUAGAAAAGGGAAGGAAACAGUGACAGUAGAAGACUAGAUAUAUGAGGAAACCAUGUGCUUUUUCUGUGAUUGAAAGAAGCGUGUGGAAAGGUUAACCUAAUGAAAUGUCUGCUGUUGAAAAACAAACACGCAGUGCCUGUAUGAUUUGAGCCUUCACAGUGAUCCACUUCAGACCAAGAACACUCAGGGGAAAGUUUAAAACAACAGUCCAUUUGUCUGGUUGAAUAAAAUGUCCAGAAUGUAAAGCAAGGAGUAUCUGAAUAGACCACAGCAGAAACAAAUAAAUAAAUAACACUUAAGAGUGGAAAAUGGUGGGAAAAAGCACUACAGAGUGGGACAGAACACUAUGUAACAGACCAUGUGAUAUAGACAGUGUAAGGAACAUUAUAGAAAAAAAAUACUGUAGAACAGAACGAAAUAGAAUACAAAGAUUAAGUAAAUAACACAUUAUAGAAUAGAACUCUUGAAUGUAAUAAAAUUUCAGGAAGAGGACAAUCUAGUGUAGAGUCCAAUAGACUAGAACACUAUAGACCAGAACACUUAAAAAAGAAGAAUUAUAGAAUCGUACACUAUAGAAUAUAAUAUUUUGCUAAAGAAUAGAAAAGAACAUUAUCAAAAACAUUAAAAUAUGAUACAGUAGAAUAUGAUAGAACACAGUCUAAAUUAAAAAUGCUGAAUAAAAACACCAUAGAAUGUGAUAUAACACUAUGGAAAAAUAACAGUAUAGAAUGAAAGAGACCACUACAAAAAAAGACCAAUAGAAUAAGAAAAGAUAUGAAUGGGAUAGAUCCCUACAGGAAAAAAAAACACAAUAGAAAAAAACUCAAACAAUAGAAUGUAUAAGCAAAGAGCCCUAAAGAAAAAACACUAUAGAGAAGAAUAAAAAAAACAUAGAGUGGAAUGAAUAUUAAAGAAUAGAAAAUGCAUUUGAUAAUGAAAAAGAACAGAUGAAAAAAGCAAACAUAGAACAGAAUAGAAAGUGUAACAAAAAAUGAGAAAUACAGUUGACAUCCAGGAUAUUCCUGUAUAUAGCCACAGAGUGUGGCCCUGUAUUAUAAGCUUCAGUACGAUAUUGUUAUUCCGCCUAUUCACAGCAAGGACGUCAGCAGACUGUCUACAUCAGCACCACACAGAGGAGAGGGCAUCAUUAGUUUCCAUGGCAACACUGACAUAGUGAGUGACGUAGGCAAGACAGAGCGAGAGAGGGAAAGGUGAAUGGGUUGAGGGAGGAGAAAGAGCUGUUAGCAACUGCAGUGCAGGUUGUGUAGGUGGUCUGAGGAGGUGUUACAGUGUGUGUGUGUGUGGAGGCAGAAUCCAGUGUGAUUUCUGUCACUUUGGAGGCACUACCUUUUCUUCUUCUUCUUUUUUUUUCUUUUUUUCUUUUUUUCUUUACAAAUCUCCACCCUAUGAGGAGCAUAUGAUCUUCAGUGUUCAAGUUUGAAGCCACACAGGGUGCAGUGUCCAGAAUGUGUGAGUCAUUUUUCAACCCGAGGGUGUGGAUGGCAGAGAGAGCACCGAGGAUAAAAAAGAAAAAAAAAGGCCCAUCCCUCUAAAACGAUAUUAGAUUAGCUUUGCCUGCAUGUAAACAAACUCUUAAAAGGUUUGCGCUGUAAACUCAGGUCAUGAAGCGUGUCAGAGGUUGUGUAAGAUUUCAUUUGCUGAGAAGUGUCCUUUGACUUGAACCCUCCUGGGAGAAACUAACAGGGCACACAUGUUUUAGCUACGCCCUUCGUCACACACAUGCUGUUACAGUGCACACAUUCACACCUGGGAGCUGCCCUGUUAAACCACUGGCUGGAGGCAUAACGUUCAAUUAUAGUCAAACUCGGUUUUGAUGGGUGUAGGAAGAGUUCAUACGAUUUUCUUUACCAACCUCUAAUCUGUGAAUGCAGAACAGAUGUUUGGUUUCAGUUUCACACAUUGUUCCAGUUACAUCCUGCUGCAUUUAAACAUUUGGAUUAAAUGAUCAGUUUCACUCUCCCCCAAGACUUGUCUGAGGGGGAUACAGAUCCACAAGUCUGCUUUUCUUCUUUGUUUUUCCCUCUCUUCUUUGCAUUUAAUCUGUAAGUGUUGAACACAGUUGUGUGAAUGAUGCAUGCCCAGACAGUAGAUGGCAGUAUGAUCUAUUUGGAUGUGUUGCUUCACUGCCUUUCAGCUCUGCCUCAGAGUAAGAAAGAGCACUAGCGCAGACAAUCCUGGGCUUCCUAUUUGGGAUAUUUGAAUCCCUCUUUUUAAAUCUAUGACAGUUCCUGCUGUAACAGCAGAGGAGAAUGGCCAGUAAGAAGAAAGUAAUAGUAACAGGUGAGAUGAUUUCAUUGGCUGGAGGAUGAACAGAGUGUGUCUUAUAUUUCCUCUAUGUUGUCACUACAGUGAUGUGAAAGCUCAGAGUUUUCUAGUUGCAUCCAUGUUGCACAUAUGUUCUGGUUAAAGCUAUUUAAUGGUUGUAUCUGUGUUGUAAGUAUGUAAUGUGAAUGGAUAAAUGUUGCUGAAUUUUGUCUGCUGGCUUAGACACCAGAUUUUAUUUUGUAGAACAAGAACUGAGUGUCUGUGCCGAGGAUCAUGUGCUUCUAUCACCUUUAAUGUUUAACUUGAUGCAACCUUUAGACCCUGAAUUAAGAGUCUUUUUAACAUUCAGUCUUAUCACUGCGCUCCAUGACAGAUAAGUAUCCUGACUGAGUCCUUUGUGUAAAUUUCACCUCUGUGUACUGUUGCUGCAGUGAGGAAUCCUCAUUGAUUUUUUUGUCCUUUUCUUCUCUGCAGGCUUUGAGCCCUUUGGUGAGCAUGCAGUGAACUCCAGCUGGGUGGCAGUGCAGGUAAUCAGGUCGUCCAUGAUUAAUAAUUGCUAGGCACCUUUUUUUUCUGUUUUCAAGGUUUUAAAAAUCUAAUUUAACAUCAUGUGUUGUUUACUUUCAUAUCAAGUGUUUUAUGUGCUUGUGCAGUCUUUAUUACAUGUUUGUGUAGCACUUUCAGGCUCUAAAUCAGGCCUGUGUACAUAUAUAUGUAUAUAUGUUUGUGCUCACAGGAACUGGAAAAAUUAGGACUGGGUGAAGCAGUCGAUCUUUAUGUGUGUGAAGUCCCUGUUGAAUACCAGGCUGUUCAGAGGCUUCUGCCAUCUUUGUGGGAAGAACACCAGCCACAGGUAUUAAAGAAAAAAAAAAAAUCUGAAUCAGAGGUUUAGGAAAUAUUGCUUUACAUGAGUAUUGUGAUAUUUACAAAAAAUAGGUUUUCAGUUUGUAAUAAGAAGUUGAUUUAUAUUUAUAUAUAUAAGUAUAUUAGAAAAUUGUUUAUUCAGACUGAGAAAAAAAGUGUGAUAAGACAGGAAGUUGCACUGAUAAAUACAAAUGCAGAUUUAACUGUUCUGAUUGCAUGAAAAUUAUGUUGACACAUUUCUGAUACUGGAUUUUAUAUAUUGUAAUAUUCAGAAUUUAAACACCUGUAUCAGUGUAAUUAUUUUUUGACCAUAUCUUUACUAGUGCAAAGCCCUUGCGGUUUAUUUGCACGAUAUUAUACAUAGAAUAUACUUGAUGUCUAUUAUUUCAUCCCAAAUGACCUCAACCUCUUCAAUAAUUUGGGGUCCUGGGAGCAGCUGGUGGUUCAUGUGGGUGUUUCAAGCUACGCCACCACUGUCACACUAGAGCAGUGUGGACACAACAAAGGCUACAAACGGAAGGACAACUGCAGCUUCUGCCCCGCUUCACGGUGCUGCAUGGAGGAUGGCCCUGACUGCAUACACUCAGCCCUUGACAUGGAGACAAUCUGCAAGAGGGUCAAUGACUCAGGCGUCGGGGUCACUUUCUCCGUGUCUGAAGAUGCUGGAAGGUGAGAAAAGUUACAGAAACACUUGCACAGACUAUCUUUAUGUCUGACAUUUUCACAGAUGAUUUAUUUUGAGUCAGUUGUUAGUCAUUGUUAGAAAAUAGCAAAUCAGAGUGUCUGCUGUAAUGCCGAAAACUGUGGUUGAAAUCGUGUAACCCAGUAAGACGCGACAGAAGGACCAGCAAAAAAUAUUUUAAACUGAAUAAUAUGGAAAAAGUCUUGAGAAGUUGUUGUUAGAAACCAAACAAAUAAAUCAAUUGUUAUUUAUAUAAUGCCAAUUCAUAGGAAGUGUUCUCCUGGUCUAGACAAAUUUACAAAAAGCCGAUGUAAAGACAGGAUAAGAUUGAACCCCAUCUUGUAAGAUCAGACCCUUUCCCCAUUUUCAACCACAGGAGUGUAGCACUUUGUAGCUUUUAGCAAGUUUCAGUGGGGAGGGAAAACUCCUUUUUAAUAGGCAGAAACCUCAAGCAGAACUAGACUCAUGUUAGACAGUCAUCUGCUGCUACUUGAUUGGGUUUAUAGAGGGGAGAUGCAGAAAGAGAGAUGGACAGAGUUGAGACUGAGGGAUAUAGUUGAAGCAGCCAGAAAGCAGGCAGUCCCAUGGCAACAAAAUGUCUGCAGCAGCGAUCCAGAGGAGGCUACAGCAUAAUGGAGCACAGGGACUCCCAGAAAAGACCGUGUAGUGGUGAUUCUAAUGAGACAUGAUGAUUCAAGAGUUCAAGAAAUCACAUAAUCAGUGUUGUGGUUAUUGUUACUUGACUUUUUUUUAUUCCAUACAUGAGACAAACUUUUUUUGGAUGAUCAUCUGCAAUCAGGCCUCUAAAUCUGGUUUUGAUUCUUUUUCUGCAUAAACAACAGGAUCAUUGCAGAGAAUGGUCUGGAAUGAACAGAACACAUACCUGUCUACAUAUUUGAUCAAAUAUGAAAUGAGUGUUUUGAUAAAGCUUUUUAGUGUGUUUCACACCUUUAAAAACACAUGAACAUACUCCACUCAAAAAGAAACUCCUUUACAUCAUAAUGAAUGAUAAACUUAAAACUCAGAUGAAUCAAUGAAGUGUUGUAAACCUGCUAUUGUUUUUUACCUUUGUAGUCUUUAUAGUAAUUUAUAAAAGCAAUUAUUUAAUGUGAUACAAAAACUUCUUAAUUCUAACAUCCAUCCUUUUUCUGGCUGGUAGGUAUCUAUGUGGCUACACCUAUUACACCUCCCUGCACCUGGGCCAGGGUCGCUCUGCCUUCAUCCAUGUACCUCCGUUAGAAAAACCUUACAGCAGUCAGGAACUGGGCAGAGCACUUCAGGCCGUCAUACAGGAGAUGCUGAAACUCCUGGAUGAAGAUCACAAUCAGGACUAGCAGUGCAAUCACACACAUCAACAGUAACAGGACCACUAAUCACUGACUCACUGCCUGGGCGUACAUUGGUGCUUUAACUGUAUGACAGUGCCGAAAUGAAGCCAUGUGCUGUAAGUCAACACUGUUGAGAAUCUUAAAAGGGUUGUGUUGAAAACAGCACCCUAAAUACAGCAUCUCUCUCUACUGUAGAAAAUGUGAAAGUCUUAGCAUGUGUGGGUUUUAAUGUGUGCACAGGAGUGGUGGGCAUCUCUGAGUAUUAAUCAUAUGGCUCUCAUUUCUGGUCUUCCAUAUAAUGGACAUAUAAAUGGUAUACUGUGAGUAAGUGCAUUUAUAUGACUAUAAUAACAUUGAAUUACUUGUACUAACUGAAGCCAAUGAAACUACAAGAGUUACAAGAUGACACACUGUGGGACCUAUUCUUGUGAUAUUUACUGGUGUUACACUAACCUUCUCUGCUUUGGAUAACACCUGUAAUCCUCUCAGUGUGAUUUGAUUGUUGUUUUGGGAUAAUCUUUGUUUUUGUUUAUCCAAUCUGCACUGAAGAAAAGUAAUGACUGUGAAAUGAUGGUAUCCUGAAGAAGUUAAAGAUUUAAACAUUAAUGUGAUUUUGAUCAUCUCAGGGAAUAUAAUUGCACAUAAAAUCAAUAUUAAAGCUCAUGUGAGACAUUUAAUGUGACCAGUUAAAGCUGUUCGACAAACAGACUUCAAUUAAUAUUUUUCUAACUGACCUACAAAAGCAAACAAAACCUUAAGGAAUUGGAUUGACUUUUCUUAAGUUAUUUCUAAUGCCUAAAACUAGACAAAAUGGUUAAGGACACGCUGCGAACAAUCAUGUGAUAUCUGUCGAAAAACACCACUUACCAAUGUGCAAGACAAAAUUAUCAAUUUUGUUAGAGGUGCCACUUUGUCCAAGGGGGACCAGAAACCACACAAACCAAAAGUCCCUCACAGGAGCUUUAAUAACUGUGAUUAAUUUAACGUGUCUGUCCAAGUGUGUGUUUCAGCUUUACCAAGUUGUGAAAAUUAAAAACAAACAAACCAUAGGUUUUUUGUAUUUUUUCCCCUUGUCUUCACCUUUGUGUACUGAGGCAUUUGCACAUUGCAGAAACAUUGCUGCACAUUAUGGAUUUUUAAUUGUGUUCCUUUAGUCACAUCUAUGACAAGCUCAUAAUCCAACGUGAACACUGCGACAUCUAUGCCUGGCUUAUAACAUGAGCCAUGUGAAAUUAUAAUAAUGAUGAUUUAUUAAUGAUUUACACCCAGAAAGUUGCAAAAUAAUUGCAUCUUUUUUAUGAUAGUAACGCUAAUGUCAUUUAAAGCGUACUUUCAUCUAUAACAAAGACUUCAGUGUGUCUUAGUGGGCACGUUACAUCAUCACACACUUGGUUCUCCUUGUGUCUUUCAUUUGUGUCCCAUGAUUGUAUAAAGUAAAUGAAGUAGCUUCAAAGGUACAGGAGGAGAGCAUCUGUUUGUUGAAAAGUUAAUUUUGUGAAAAGAACCACUCUUAAUAGAUUCUUGUGUAGAACAAUGUAAUAUCUAAAUAGAGAGAUAAAUCUGAACUUUUGAAACAAUCUCAUGCUGCCAAUCUGAAAAGCAUAAAACAUUGAUUACCAUAAGAUACGCUUGGUCUUCUCAUUUCCUUCCUAAUAGAAUCCAUGUCCUGUAUUAUUUCACACACGUUUUCUUGAUCGAAAGAGAUCAUAGACAAAGAUCAUGAUAUGAAACUGCAAUUGUCAUAUCAUGACAGUGAAUACACUUUGUACAUCUGGCUCCUCUAGACUCUGUAUAAGAACACUAUAUGAGUAGAGCAGAGUAGACUGUGAGGACAUUGCAUAAGGGCUCUGGAAAACAGCUUUAAGAGUGCAUAUAUCCUCAUAUCUGUGCCAAACACAGACUUAUACAAUGCAGCAUUAUUCAUCCCCCACAUCUUAUAAAGGCCUGACUUUUUCAGAUUUGAGGGGGUAUAGAGCAGAUCUGUAACAGAUGUUGUCUGGCUUCAGCUACACAUGCACAUAUGCUUUAGUCCUGUGCUGUUCAAAUCUGAGAUUUGUGAGAUACUGUCAAGAUCAUUAUGAGAACUGAUCAAACCACAUGCUGUUUAUGAUGCAGUAUUUGGGGUUGCUGAAUCAACUGAUUCUUCACUUCCUUGCUCUUAAAUUUUCAAAAACAUCCAAACUAAUUCAUAACUUGUACGCCCAGUUGCAUAAUUAUUUCGACCGUUUUUAUGCCUCACAGUUCUUUGUUAUAUCUGUGUGUGUGUUUUAGGAGCUGUAUUUGUGACUGUGUCUUUUUCUUGUUUUUAACUACAUAAAAAAGUGAAAUUAACAGAUUUUUCAUUAAAAUGCAUCACAUAAAACUGCAUUUGGAUUUACAACUAUGCCCUCCAGGCAGUAGUAAAAGAAAAGAACGGUAUUUGACUUUUUGUUUCAUGGAGACACACCCAUGGAUUGUCAAACACUCUUUUUAGGCAGCUUCUAUCCUGCCAAAGUAUUUAAUGAUGUGUGAUCACAGAGUAAUUUAGA